AUGACUACAGCUAUUGAAACUACAAAUGAUCAAUCAAAUGAUGUUGUUGCUAAAACAGCUGAAAAUGUUGAAAAAUUAAAUGGUGAUUUUAGAAAAGGUGCCGAGAUUCAUCGUCGUGUUAGAAAAAGAAUUAAUGAUAUUGUUCAACCUGGAUUAACUACAACAGAAGUUGCAGAAUUAAUUGAAAAUUCAGUUAGAACAUUUAUGAAUGAAUCAGAUUCUAAAAAAGCAGGUAUUGGGUUCCCAACAGGUGUUUCAUUAAAUGAUUGUGCUGCACAUUAUACACCAAAUGCAGGUGAUAAAACUGUAUUAAAAUAUGAAGAUGUUAUGAAAGUUGAUUAUGGUAUUCAUGUUGAUGGUUAUAUAGUGGAUUGUGCUUUCACAAAGACAUUUGAUCAUAAAUAUGAUAAAUUAUUAGAAGCUGUUAAAGCAGCCACUAAUACAGGUAUUAAAGAAGCUGGUAUUGAUGUUAGAUUAACAGAUAUUGGUGAAGCAAUUCAAGAAGUUAUGGAAUCAUAUGAAGUUGAAAUUGAUGGAAAAGUAUAUCCAGUUAAAGCUAUUCGUAAUUUAAAUGGUCAUAAUAUUGGUAAAUAUCAAAUUCAUGGUGGUAAAUCAGUUCCAAUUGUUAAAAAUGGUGAUGAAACCAAGAUGGAAGAAGGUGAAACUUUCGCUAUUGAAACAUUUGGUUCAACAGGACGUGGAUAUGUCGUGGCAGAAGGUGAAUGUUCUCAUUAUGCUAAAAAUGUUGAUGCACCAAAUGUUCCAUUAAGAUUAAAUAAAGCUAAAAGUUUAUUAGCAACAAUUGAUGAAAAUUUUGGUACAUUACCAUUUUGUCGUCGUUAUUUAGAUAGAUUAGGUGAAGAGAAAUAUUUAUUAGCUUUAAAUAAUUUAGUUAAAUCAGGGAUUGUUCAAGAUUAUCCUCCAUUAAUGGAUUCAAAAGGUUCUUAUACUGCACAAUAUGAACAUACUAUUUUGCUUCAUCCAACAAGAAAAGAAGUUGUUAGUAGGGGUGAAGAUUAUUGA